AUGGCAGCCAUUGGGGUGCUCUGCUUUCUCGUUUUCUUUGCUGGGAUUCAUGUGGUCUCCUCUGUGACGGACCCUGGGGAUUUGGCGGUACUCCGAUCUUUGAAGGAUCAGUGGCAGAACACACCACCAAGCUGGGGAAAGACAGAUGAUGCUUGUGGAACACCCUGGGAAGGAGUCACCUGCGAAAACUCAAGGGUCACUGGACUGGUGUUAUCAACAAUGGGACUCGUCGGUGAGCUAACCGGUGAUAUUGGAGAUCUCACUGAAUUGAAAUCCUUGGACCUAUCAUUUAACCGAGGCCUCACAGGUACCCUCACUCCACGGUUAGGAGAUUUGAAAAGCCUAAACAUCUUAAUCUUAUCUGGCUGUGAAUUCAGUGGUAACAUACCAAAUGAACUGGGAAAUCUUGCAGAGCUAUCUUUUUUAGCUCUGAACUCGAACUACUUCACUGGUGGAAUACCUCCUUCUUUGGGCAAUCUUUCGAAACUCUACUGGCUGGACUUGGCAGAUAAUCAGCUGACAGGAUCUCUCCCUGUUUCAGCAGCGACUACCCCAGGCUUGGACCUCCUUAAGAAGGCAAAACACUUCCAUUUCAAUAAUAACAAGCUUUCAGGAACAAUUCCAGCCCAAAUUUUCAGUCCUGACAUGGAACUAAUACACGUACUGUUUGAUGGAAAUCAAUUAAACGGGAGAAUUCCAACCACAUUAGGAUUAGUUCAGACACUUGAGGUUCUGCGGCUUGAUAGAAAUGGCCUAACAGGCGAUGUCCCUUCAAACCUCAAAAAUCUUACGAAUGUUAUUGAACU